AUGUCAUUCGGUCGACUCCUGCGUCGCGCCUCCUCCAAGGCCUCCGACCUCUUGACCUUUAACGCGGGGUCGGCAGGAUCGCGGGGUAACCUGGAUGGCGAGAUCAUCUUCUCCAAAAACAAUGUGUGUGUACAUCCUGCGGAGCCCCUCCCCGGACUGCCUGAGCAUCACCCAGGUUACCUGUGUGUGCACGUGGAAAAGGACGAGACGUUGGGUACCACCCUCAUCCUCACCUGGGUGCCCAACUCCCGCAUUCAGAGACAGGACGAAGAGGCUCUUCGCUACAUCACGCCCGAGAGCUCGCCAGUGCGUAGGAACCCACGUCGCCGACCCCGCAGGGCCCACUCCCGCCCCGCCCCAGCCCCAGAGGAAGAGGAAGAGGAGAGCCUGAGCGUGGAGCAGCAGGUGGAAGAAGGGGACGAAGGUUCCUGUGAACUUUCGGCCGAUGAAGUGAGCAGGGAUAGCACUUUGGGCUCCGAUUCGGACACAUUCUCCUCUCCUUUCUGCCUGUCUCCUGUCAGCGAAGCACUCGGAGAAAGCACCAGUUCUGUCUUCUUAGACAACGAGAGCAGAGAAAUGUGCGAUGAAUCCAUGACCCAGUCCGCAAGUUCAGCCUCCAGUUUAGACAGCCAUGCUCCCUCAGAGAACAGCCAAUCACAGGGCUUGCGAUGGGAGGAGCAGCAGAAGGUGUUGGCGUUGGAGCAGCUGUGUGGUGUUUUCAGAGUGGACCUGGGCCACAUGAGGUCACUGCGCCUCUUCUUCAGUGAUGAGGCAUGUACCAGUGGUCAGCUGGUCAUUGCCAGCAGGGAGAGCCAGUAUAAAAUAUUACAUUUCCACCACGGAGGACUGGAUAAACUCGCUGAAGUCUUUCAGCAGUGGAAAUGCUGCCAGGAAACUCAGCUCAAAGACCAAGUGGCUGAUGAGAAGUCCUGUAUGCAGUUCUCUAUUCGCAGACCUACACUUCCCUCUGCAGAGACACACCCAGAAGAACGGCUAUACCGGCGGUUGGAUGUCAGCACCUGGCUCCGACACCUGAACCAGAAUGGCCAGGUGGAGGAGGAGUACAAACUCCGCAAAGCAAUCUUCUUUGGGGGAAUCGAUCCGUCCAUCCGUGGGGAGGUGUGGCCAUUCCUGCUGCAUUACUACAGUUAUGAUUCAACCUCAGAGGAGAGGGAGGCCUGGAGGCUGCAGAAACGCAGCGAGUAUCAGGAGAUCCAGCAAAGGAGGUUGUCAAUGAGCCCGGAGGAGCACAGUGAGUUCUGGAGGAAAGUUCAGUUCACUGUGGACAAAGACGUGGUGAGGACAGACCGGAGCAACCACUUUUUCAGAGGAGAAAACAACCCCAAUGUGGAGAUAAUGAGACGUAUCCUGCUGAACUAUGCAGUGUUUAACCCUGAGAUGGGCUACUGUCAGGGCAUGUCAGAUCUUGUAGCACCACUCCUCACUGAGAUUCAGGAUGAGAGUGACACGUUCUGGUGCUUUGUUGGUCUGAUGGAAAAUACCAUCUUCAUCAGCUCCCCCCGAGAUGAAGACAUGGAGAGACAACUGAUGUACCUGCGGGAGCUGCUGCGUUUGAUGUUGCCACGGUUCCACCAGCAUCUGACCCGGCUCGGGGAGGACGGCCUGCAGCUGUUAUUCUGUCAUCGCUGGGUUCUACUCUGUUUCAAACGCGAGUUCCCCGAUGCUGAAGCUUUACGCAUGUGGGAAGCCUGCUGGGCACACUACCAGACGGACUACUUCCACCUAUUCCUGUGUGUUGCCAUCAUUGUACUCUAUGGGGAUGAUGUCACAGAGCAGCAGCUGGCCACUGACCAGAUGCUGCUACAUUUCAGUAACCUCUCCAUGCACAUGAAUGGAGAACUGGUGCUACGAAAGGCACGCAGUCUGCUGUAUCAAUUUCGUCUCCUUCCCAGGAUCCCUUGCAGCCUGCAUGAUCUGUGUAAGCUGUGUGGUCCAGGCAUGUGGGACAGUCGCUACAUCCCCACCGUGGAAUGUUCCGGAGAGCACCCAGAUUCCCAGAGUUGCCCCUAUGGAGGCUCCGCCACCCCACAACCCCCUCCCUCUCCAAAUCCUACCCAGCCCCCCGAAGGCAAGAGAGGUUCCAAGACCAAGGACAUUUUCACCUUCCGCAAACAAUCCUGA